AUGCUCAACCUUGCUUCAACACAAGGUUGGUCCCCACCUGACACACUCACACAACUCAACUGUCCGUACUCGUCAGCCUCUCCACCAGAGGUUGAACCGGUGUGUAUCCACACCACACAUCCCAAAGGGAACUUGCUCACUCGCGAACCAGGAGACAACCGUCUCAUACUUCGUCGAGAGGAUGCAGAGUUCCUCUAAUACAGACAACUGCAAUUGCAACUUAGGGAUAUAACGCUGAUUGUUUGGAACACCCUGUGACGUACGUAGGAGCAACAGCUGCCGUUGGCAGGAGUCGACGAGUCGCUCGCUCCGCUUGGACCCCAAGCACACAAAAGAGAAAGGGUCGGAGAGCGAAAACGCGCGUCUGGACUUCGGAGGAGCAGGAGCGUGCACGGACUCCUCCUUACCGGAGCUAGGAGAAACCUGUGGGAGCCUGGAGCGCUUGCAUCCAACACAUCGAGGGAUGACGGACAGAUUACAUCGGAGGGAGGGGAUAAUCCUCACUGGAGCGGUGCUUCUCUCUGGUGUUGUAACGGCUGAAGAAAACUGCUGUAUCACACCCUUCUCCUAUUUCGACUGCACUGGGACUGGCCACCUAGCCUCUCCAGGGAAGCUGUACACGUGCAUUGAUGUCUCGGAGGUGUCGUCGUGCAUGAGCUGCCUGCGGAAUGCAGACUACAGCGAUGUUUCCUGCGACACCUGCUGCUCCAUCGAAAAUCUGGAUUGUACGAAGGUUGACUCCGAGUGGGACUUCUACGCGUCGACCCUCUUCUUCAUCUGCCUCUGCUGCUGCUUCACGGCGCUGUGCGGUUUGACGGAAGUCCGCCGAAAAAAGAAGGGGAUAUCGUUCGCGCAGGCGUGGUCGGUGCCGCAAGCCAUGCCAAUCCUUCGGACAUGGCCGAGAAGAUCAGCCUCCAGCUCUGAUAUGAGCCAGGCAGGCGGCGAAGUCGGCACGCAGUGGGCCGCUCUAUCGGACGACGAGGAGGACUUGAAACGGUAUCCCGUGGCAGGCCUUGUGGAUGAUUCCGGCAUGGCCUUCGGCUUCGUAACCACCCUGCCGCAGACGCUCUUAAGCUCGGUAGCGACCUCGCUCAGGCAGGCGGGCUCGCCGUCCCCACCGUCACCACAGGAGCCCGAGCUAACGGUGUGGAUAUCAAGGGACAACGAAGGGGCAUCUGCAUCGGCGCCAGCUCACCGUGGCAUUGGCGGCGGCAGCGGCGCUAGUGCCGUGACUGGGGUGGAGGCCAACAGUUCAGAGGAAUCCAGCCGGGGGAGCAGCGGGGCGACUAGGGCAGCGGGGGGCAGGCAACAGCGAGCUGUGGUUGUUGGGAACGAUUUGGAAGAGCCCUUGAUGUUGGACGGAGUUGGAACGGGACCUGGAAGAGGGGGAGGGGCGGCGGGAGGGAUAGAGAGACGGCAAUUUGACGGAGAAUCUAGCGGCCGCGCGGCUGCGACAACAGGCACUUGAAAUAGCGAAGGGUAAUCCAUUGUCGUAGGUUGUGUCGAUGAUCCCGCAUACACUGUUCUAUCGUGCAGGAGAGCUAGUGUUGAGCGUUGGAUAGAUUACCCGGUCAAGUGUGAAAUGCCAUUCAUGUUAGAUUAUUAUCUCUACGUUUUUGGAGAAGCAUCUGCUGUGCACGUAGUCUCUCUCCUCUGUUAGUAUCAUCGUUGACAGGUGUUGGCGUAGCGCAGGUCUGACAGGUGUUGCAGAAGUUGUUACACAAAUUGGCCGCGUCGGGGCUACCAGUUGCUGUCCAGCCCGUGUUGCAACUUUUCAUUGAGGGAUAGAUGGGCCCCUGUUGGACAAGGUAGGAUUGUGAGAUUGUUUUCAACCUUGCAGGUGCACUCUUGUUGGCACCGGUCUAAAGAAACAGAGUCGGUCGCUGCUUCGGACUCGGAACUGUUAUGUCGGGAAGCGCAAUGUUGAGUAUCCGUCCGUGCUGUUGUAUUUUGGUAUUGUAGGUACUGCGUUUCUUGCGUGAUUCAGUUCCCAAGCGUCGGGUCUUUGUCGACCUUUUUUUUCUGCCUGUGUCAUUUUUCUUCGAAAAGCUCCCCUUGACCUAUCGCGUCUCAAAAGCCGAUUUCAGCUCACACCGUGAACCUCCGAGAACUGCCAGCAAUUUUGUGUAGCUGAGACGAUGUCAAGGCCUCCACGUAAAAAAACUCCAAAAACAUGGGCCACCCCCCC